GAACCCGAGGAACUCGGGCUUGCCAGUCCUAGCCCCGAGUAUCUCCGAGCCACAGUUUCUCGGCAUGGAGACCGUGGCGCAGCCCUCAGUGUUCGUGGUGGACAGACAGACCGAUAUUCCAUUCAGGAGACUGGGACAGAGCCCCCGGAGACGACACUGCAGCAUGGCCCAAGGCAGCCUGGCUGUCUUGCUAUUGCUCACGAGUUCGGGGCUGGCCACCCAGGGCUGGUUCCUACUGAGACUUCAUCGGCAGCUUGGGGAGGUGGUGGCUCGCCUGCCGGACAAGGACACAGGUUCCAGAGAAAAGCUAAUGCAAGAGCCAAGAUCCCACCAGGCCAACCCAGCAGCUCAUCUUACAGGGGCCAAUGCCAGCUUGAUAGGUAGGGGAGGACCCCUGCUAUGGGAGACACGACUGGGCCUGGCCUUCUUGAGGGGCCUCAGGUACCAUGAUGGAGCCCUGGUGACCACAGAGGCUGGCUACUAUUAUGUGUACUCGAAGGUGCAGCUGAGUGGCGUGGGCUGCCCCCAGGGACUAGCCAGUGGUCUUCCCAUCACCCAUGGGCUGUACAAGCGCACGACCCACUACCCCAAGGAGCUGGAACUGCUGGUCAGCCGACGGUCACCCUGUGGAAGGGCCAACAGCUCCCGAGUAUGGUGGGACAGCAGUUUCUUGGGUGGUGUGGUACACCUCGAAGCCGGGGAGGAGGUGGUGGUCCGAGUGCCUGGGGAGCGCCUGGUCAGACCCCGUGAUGGUACCCGGUCCUAUUUUGGGGCAUUCAUGGUCUGAAGGAUGCAGAGUCGGUGAAAGGGUCUCACCAGGAGAGACCUCAGAGGAUCCUGGGGGAUAGAAAAUCUAGCAAGCAGACAUAUUGGGAGAAUACCCCCCAGGGUGCCCCAAACUCCACAUGUGGAUCUAUAUAGACUGCCUAUCUUGCCCUGGACAAUGUUAAAAAUCAAUGACCUGGAGACUUGGGGUCUGGAGCCCUCCCCCAAGUGUGUGCAUUUAGUAGAUUUGCCUGAUAUUCAGGGAGAAAGAAUAAAGAAUGGAUUCUUUGUUUCUGAUGUAAACAACAAUGGGCUUUGGGCUGGAGACAGGGAAGCGCUCUCCUCUUCAUGGUCAUGGGUGUCAGGAGAUGUCUGCCACCAGAACCACGUGUUGGGGGACUGGUUCCACAUGACACAUAUUUACCUCUCCCACGGAUCUGCUGCGUUGGCCAUUACUGUGGGGCGGAGUCCCACUAUGCGAGGUUCCAGUCAUUGAGAUGGCCGGGCCACAACUCAGCACAGAUGUCCUCGGAGGACAAUUAGCUGGGACCUCAGAGCUCAGCCCAGUGUGUGGCUCAGGACAGAUACCUGGGAAAUGGUUGGUGAUGGGGAGAAAGGAAGGAGGGAAAGGAAAGGAAAAUAAGGAAAGAAAGAA